UACCAGAAAUAGCCAGAAUUUUGAAAGUUCGAUGACAAAUAUAACCAUUUCCGUUACAUAGUUUGACGGCGUCAAUAACACCGUUAGUCAAAUUAACCAAACGCUUACCUGGCUGCCAACUCACCGGACACAAUAUUGACAACGCAACAAUACUUGCCAUGUCAUAUUUUAAUUUAAAAAUAAAUAAAAAUGACAAAUUAUUUUUUUUCUUCCUCUUCCCUCUCCCACCACUCGCCGUCGAAGAACUCUUUCUUCUCCCUCUCCUUCCGCCACAGACCCCAACCCCAAACCCAUAUCCUCUCCUCCCACUCCAACAGCGUUCCAGAUCCAACCCACCACCGACCCCGCCGACACCGCUGACCCUACGAUCUCCCUCUGGCUCAUAGCAUCCGACGGCUAAACCUUUCCAUGAAGAUCCGAACCCAAAGUGCAGGGCAACCCGGGAAAAGGUAAAACCAGAGAGAGGAAAUCAGCCGGAGCGGCGUGUCCGAUGAACCGAGCAACGACAGCAUGAGCGAUCCGAAGAACAACAUGAGUGGAGGUAGCAGUAGUGGAAAUCCUCCCAAAUACACCCAGAUCUACGACCGGAGAAGAGAGGGUGCUGCGCAAUGCGACGAACACGAAGAGAGCGGGGGAUGGGGCGCGACUGGGAGAUGCAGCGGUCGAUUGACGAUGUUGACGACGACGGGUAUUGAGAUCUGGAACAGGCGACGACGAUUAGCGAUGGCGAUGAUUGACGAUGGCGACGACGACGGGUAUUGAGAUCUGGAGCAGGCGACGACGAUUGGCGAUGGCGACGACGACGGGUAUGUAGCGGUCGAUUGAGCAAAUAGGAGAAUGGAAUUUAGAUCUGUAUUGAUGGAGAUAACAGAUUGGAAACAGAGAUUUUUUCUAUUGAUGAGGUUGAAACAGAGACGGAGUUGGGUUUAGGGGGAUGUGGGGUUUGGGCAAUUUUUCUUUUUAUUUUUUUAUUAAGUUUUUUAUUAAUCUAUGUGGCAAUGUUGUUUAUAAAUGUCACCACCACCUCAGCAAUGUCGUUAGUCUAGUCAGCUAUUUGGUUAACACCGU